UCUUCCUCCUCUUCUUAUAUCGUCACAUAUUCUCUCUCUCUCUAUCUCUCUUAUGUUUUUAUUCGUCACGAGUUUCUCUCACACUGUGUUAAUAAACAUCGCGCAUUACGCAUUCUAAGUUCUAACCAUCUUUCAACGCCCUCCUCUGUUUCUUGUAUUCUCACAACUAUCAGAAAUCUCCAGUUGCUACGUGCUAGCAAUUGAUUGUUGGGAGUGUUUUUUUUGUGUGGGUUGUGGUCUCAAGUCUCUGUUUGAGAAACAGAGCAAUUUGAAGUCUUCCAAUGCUAAGUUUUUUUGGAGUCAAAAGUCAACGAAGAAAACCUUUGUCUGUGGGAGAUAUGGAUUACUUAGAACCCAAAACAAAGAGUAAUCUCAUGGCAAAGCUUCUCUUAUUAGUUUCUCUAGUAAUUUUAGCUAUCAUUGUGAUCAGUCGAUCUUCAAGCUUCACAUCCCCGAGCGUGUUUUCCCAAAGAGAGGAAGGAGUGACUCAUGUAUUAGUCACUGGUGGUGCUGGCUAUAUCGGUUCACAUGCGGCCUUAAGGCUACUUAAAGAUUCAUACCGCGUAACCAUUGUGGACAAUCUUUCCCGUGGAAACCUUGGCGCGGUUAAGGUUUUACAGGGAUUGUUCCCACAAACUGGAAGGCUUCAGUUCAUUUACGCUGAUUUAGGAGAUCCUGCAGCUGUGGAGAAAAUCUUCUCAGAGAACGCCUUUGACGCUGUGAUGCAUUUUGCUGCGGUAGCAUAUGUUGGAGAAAGCACUCUUUAUCCUCUAAAGUAUUACCAUAACAUUACAUCAAACACAUUAGGAGUUCUUGAAGCUAUGGCCAGACAUAAAGUGAAGAAAUUAAUAUAUUCUAGCACUUGUGCUACUUACGGAGAGCCUGAAAAAAUGCCGAUUACUGAAGAUACUCCACAGCUCCCGAUUAAUCCUUAUGGAAAAGCUAAAAAGAUGGCAGAGGAUAUAAUCUUGGAUUUCUCCAAGAACUCUGACAUGGCGGUUAUGAUCUUAAGAUACUUCAAUGUGAUCGGUUCAGAUCCAGGAGGUAGACUAGGAGAAGCUCCAAGACCCGAGCUUCGUGAGCAAGGACGGAUUUCCGGUGCUUGUUUUGAUGCAGCUCGUGGUUUCAUUCCUGGACUACAAGUGAAAGGAACUGACUACAAAACAUCGGACGGGACUUGCAUUAGAGACUAUAUAGAUGUUACUGACCUCGUGGAUGCUCACGUGAAGGCUCUCCAAAAAGCUCAGCCUCGUAAAGUCGGUAUCUACAACGUUGGAACCGGAAAAGGAAGAUCGGUUAAGGAAUUUGUGGAGGCGUGUAAGAAGGCGACAGGAGUUGAGAUCAAAGUAGACUUCCUGCCCCGGCGACCAGGAGAUUACGCAGAGGUUUAUAGUGAUCCUACAAAGAUUUUGAGAGACUUGAAUUGGACUGCUCAAUACACUAAUCUUCAGGAUAGUCUUCAAGUUGCUUGGAGGUGGCAAAAGAUUCAUCCUCAUGGAUAUGCUUCUUACUAAAAACAGAGGAAAUAACACCACCUGUAAAAUUUUCUUGCGUUUUUCUUCUUAAAGUUUCAUUUCAUGAAUUUGCAUAAUGUCUUGAGGGAUUCUAUAUAUUAUAUAGAAAAUAUAUAUUGUGACUGGUUAUGUACUUACUGGUGAAAUUGUGGGACAUUGUUUUGGAACGCCGAGCUGAUAUA